GCCAGUCCGAGCAUUUGCUGAGAGCAGAGCACACACCGAUCAUUAUCAAAAACUACUGCGGGAGUCCAGCAAGAGUCACAUCACACUCGCUUAAGUCCGAUCAAACACGUCCAGAAACGGGAACGCCAGCGUCUGCAUAUCCCUGGAUAUUUGCCCUGCAUGACCGCUCGUCUCCGGUGUGCCAUCUAACGCAGGACUUUGGAUAUUAUUAAGGAUCGUAAGAGCAGGUUUGUUUUCUCCGCAGUGGGAAGAGGCUCGAUCCACCCCCGAGUCUGAUGAUUUGAGAGGGAAGCAAUGCAGCGCUGUGACUGUGCACCAUAUUCCUGCUUCAAUCCACAUUUCGUCUGAAUCUGCAGACGCACUCCACUGAUCGAUCGCAAAUCGACCGCUCUUCAUUUUUUUCCUUUCUGAAAAUAAAUCUCACCCGAGAUUGCAACUGGCGCCAUUUUAAAGCGAUAAAAACGCUGUUUGCUUGAGUUUGAGGGAUUGUAAAGUGCUUGUCAUAAUCUAGUGGAUGGAUUUACUCUCGUAGACUUCUGCAGCAGCUUCAGAAAUGGUUUCACCUGGGAAAAAUUCCACCUUAAUGAGAUUUAUAAGAUUUCGGGAGCAGUAGAGCCAAAAACCAUCACAUCCCUCUGAUUAAACUCAAUCACCUGGACCGGUGUCCCUCUGCCCUUUUUUGUGUCCUUCUGCUUCCUGAGUCUUGGACGAAGCUUCGAGAUGGAGCAAAGAGACCUUACUCGGACGGCCCGGCCCAAAGGAAACGAGGAGUUCUUCUCCACUGUUACCACCAUCAACAGAGCAGAUCUCAGUGAGGUGGGUCUCCUCGCCAGUCCAAUCAAGAGCCUUCCUUUACCUGGAGAGCAACAGGACCAUGAAGAGGACGAAGACCUCGGUCUGGGGAAGGACAUCGAUGUCACUUCUAAUGCGGACAGUGAGAGAUGGGGGCAGGGAGAUGGGCUGGAGGAGCAGGAAUUCUCCAUCAAGGAGGCCAGUUUCUCUGAAGGCAGCCUGAAGCUGAAGAUACAAACGACCAAGCGGGCCAAGAAGCCUCCUAAGAAUCUAGAGAACUACAUCUGUCCUCCUGAGAUCCGCAUCACCAUCAAGCAGCCAGGAGAGCAGAAGACCGCCAAGCAUGCCAAGAGUGUCAGGGGAGGGAAGGAGGAAGAUAAAGGACCCCCCAGAAAAAGGACCUAUGAGAGGCAUUAUAAACUUGUGGAUAAAACUGACAAUGUGAUGAUGGAUAACGCAAAACCAAAGCAUGAGUCUAAAAGCAGUGACAUUCACCACCUUGACUGGACAAAGCCAUUGGAUACUGUUGAAGAUGCAGCGUCCCAAGAACAACACAGGACAGAACCAGAAUCAAAACGAGAAUCAGUGUGCACCAACAAGAGCCCUUUGUCAGAGCCCAACACCCCAUUCUCAAAAUCGCAAGUUAAAAAGGUCACAGACAGUUCAUCGGGAAGUCUCUUUGCUUCUGCCAUGUCUUCCCCAAGCACUGACUCACUAGAAUCAUCUCCAGUUGAUACAGUAAUGAGCCCACCAGCUGACUCAAGUCUGUUCUCUUUUGGUAAAGACAGAGGUUUGCAGGAAGUCACUGAGCAAGUUUUUGGGAACAUGAAACGUAAAUAUGGAAGAAAAGACCCAAUGAAGACCACACAUAGUUUAGGCCUUCAGUGGGCCAAAAAGAUGGACAGAGAUACCGAAAACCAAGAUAGUGCUAAGGAGAAACAAGCAUUCAACACUGAUAAAAGUGAAUUUGAGACAGAGGAGCCUGAGAAGGCAAGCAAUAGACCAGAUGAUGAGAGUAAGACAUCAAGCUGUGGCACUCAUCAUGCAGAUGAAUCUAGAAGUAAAAAGCGAAGAAACCGAAAAGUAGGUGACGAUAACAACUUAUCUGAUGCACAAACCACACAGCAAGCUGAGAAGACUGAUAAAACUGACCAAGGGAGCACAAAACCUAAAAUUACAAAGAAAAUAGGAUUCAGUGCACCAAAACAAUUUGGUGUAAAUUUGCGGGAGAGUGAGGAAGACGGUGCUGAGACGAUGACUGGUUAUGUUGAGAUGUUUCAGAAUAGGCACAGGAAAACACCAGCUGGGAGACAAAGAUCAGUGAUUGAUGCCGACAAGCAAACAGAGGGUAGGCAAUCAAAGGUCAAGGACAGGUGGUCUUAUUUAAAGUCCCAGAACUCCUCUCCUCAAAAAGACUUGAAUCAAUCUCUGUCCACUGAAGAGCCACCCUCUGCCUUCCCUAUUACCCCAUCCAGCCCACUCUACACAAACACAAACAGUUUGACAGUCAUUACCCCAGUCAAGAAGAAACGUGGCCGGCCCAAAAAACAGCCGUUACUUACUGUGGAGACAAUUCACGAAGGAACUGCAACAAGCCCCGUUAGCCCUAUCGCCCAAGAUUCAUCCAGCACUUCAAAAAGGAGAAAGAAGCAUAAUAUGUUGAAAUUGGUGCAGUUGGCCUUCAACAAAUCCCCUCCUGCACAGCAGUUAAAACUCAAGAAAUCAGGUCAAGAAGGUGUCCUUAAAAAGAGGGCAACUAAGAAAAUGAAACUGGUUAAGAUGCAGAGCAUUUUGAAUGAGCUAUUGACCACUUCUAGUCCUGGCAAUCUUGCCUUGAAGUCCAGUGUUCCGGUUUCAAAUGCCAUGUCGACUGUGGCAUCGACAAUUGAGGCCCGUUUUGGCAAGCAAAUCAAUGUCAGCAAGCGUGGAACUAUUUACAUAGGCAAAAAGCGGGGAAGGAAGCCCAGAAUCGAUCUUCAUACCCAGCAGAAUGAGCACAAAGCCAGUGAUAAGCACCCGUUGCCUAUUUCCAGUCCAUUUGAGAACCCUCUAGUGCCUUCUAAUACAUCAUCCACAACCGGAAUGCCUUCUCCCAGGGUCAUGCAUUCUCUUUCUUCUCACUCUGCAGCAGGUGGGAUGGCUCACCCUGUCACCACGGAUACCAGCCAGCAUGACCUGAAGACAAUGCCAAAUCUACAGCCUAUCAGUGCAUUGCCCAUGAAAACGCAUAAGGGCUUGCUUAGUAGUAACUGGAAGUUUUCUCCCCCGAGACUAAUGGCCAACUCACCAUCCCACCUGUCUGAAGUGGCUUCCAUCAAAGAAGUCACCCUAUCCCCAGUUAGCGAGUCCCACAGUGAAGAGACAAUCCCUAGCGAUAGUGGAAUUGGCACUGACAACAACAGCACAUCAGACCAGACCGAGAAAGGCCCGGCAUCCCGCCGGAGAUACUCAUUUGAUCUUUGCAGUUUUGAUGCCGCUGAGACCGCUGUUUUAGAGGCAAAGAGCAAAGCAGCGAGGGGGCACUACCAGAAGCAUAUGACUGGAGUCGCUGUGGAAAAUUUCUUUGCUCAGGAGAGCCUGAAGAAGCAGAAACAUCGGAGGAAACGCAAGGCCCUCCAGAACCGGGACGACCUGCAGUUUAUGGCUGACCUGGAGGAGCUGGUUAGCAAAUUCCAGGUCUUCCGAAUCUCCCACAGCAGCUACAAGUUCUACCAUGAGAAUUCCUAUCCCAGCAUAUUCCGUCUCAACUUUGACCAAUGCUAUCCUAUGCCAUACUAUCCCUACGACCCUGUGCACUAUCUUCGCAGGAGCUCCGAUAAGUCAAAGAGGAGGCGUGGUCGACCAGCCAAGUCAAACGAGCCAAUAUCAAAGAUGCCUUUUAUUCAAGGGUUUGGCUGCCCAGUGCCUGGUGGCAAUUACUAUGCACCCUACGCGAUGCCUUACACAUCCAUGCCUCUUGCCACAAGUAUGGUAAACAUGGGCUAUUACGGUCAGUACUCUUCACCCUUGUACUUAUCUCACGCACUUGGACCUUCAGCCUCUCCUCUCAUGAGGUCACCAGUCCCUCCACCAAAGUUCCACCCUGGUGUGUCCUCUAGUCUCGCUGCUCCUAGCAGACAUAGAGUGAAGAAUAUGCCACAUGAGAUGCCUUCAUCUAGAAUGAGUAACUCCCAUCACCCUUCAAGCAGCUGUAUGGAAAGUGUCUGUCUCCACAAACGCAAGCACAAGCACAAGUACAAACACAAAGAGGAUCAGUACAUCCCACAGAGGGAGGACCUCGGCGGGCUCUUCAGUGGAACGCAGAGUCCUGCCUUCCUCAACCUCUUGAAUGAGAGACUCGAGAAGAACUCUCUGUCCAAACUGAAGGACAAGCAAAGAGGCAAGCAAAGCACAGAUGCUUUGCCAAAAGCUUCCAGGAACUACUUUGAAGUAGACACGCUCUCAUCAUUAUCCUUAUCUGACUCUCAGCAUUGUAAACGCAUUCGAGGAGAGACACUGAACAACUUCCUGAACAUCUGCACUAGAGAACCGCACGAGCGCCUGCGAGCCAGCCAGGACCAGUCGCUGGACUUGUUCAAGGGGCAGUACUUAGGGGAUGAUGAUUCUAGCGUUCACAUCAGGAGGCAUGGCUUGGAGGACUUCGCAGCAUACAGAGAAGGAAGCAUGGCAUCUUUCCAAGGAGGCAGAGAACAGAGGGCCGAGCAGAUAUACCAGUGCUCCAACACAGCUAUAGCAGACCCCAGUUCCUACAAGAGGAGGCACAAGCACAAAGAAGUGGAUGAGAUCCAGUGUGACAUGCAAAAAAUGUGUGCCUUCUCCAAGAUCCUCACCACCAAGAAGAACCUGGAUCACGUCAACAAGAUUUUGAAAGUCAAGAGGCUUCAGAGGCAGGCCAAGACGGGGAAUAACAUGGUGAAGAGACGCAGAGGGAGGCCGAGGAAGCAGCCGCUUUCUCUCGAGGAGGGAUUCCUGGGUCAGAUGCCAGUUCUAGAAAAGUGUGUGGAUCUUCCUGGGAAGAAGAACCUUCACACCCGUCUGGUUCCUGCUCAGCUUGAGUUCUCCAAUCACGACUCCAUCACAGAUGCCAUCGAGUCAGUGGUACACAUGGCCAGAUCCCAAUCCAACACACAAUCCACGCAAGGAGGCAAGCACUGGCACAAAGUUCAGCCAGAGCUCCAAAUCGAGCGCCCAAACCGCAAAGGAAGAGGGAAAAAGAGAGAAGAAGCUACUGUCACCUCACAUUAGAGAAUUCAUGACGGUGCACUGGGAGUUAGCCUUGUGCUUGGGUCCUUGUAUCGUUUUUUUUUUAUUUUUUUUAUCUGAAUUCUACUGACACAUUUUAAUGGGCAUUCGCUGAGAAUUUGGAUCAUGGUUGUGGUCUAAAAGCUCCGCUUUCGGUUUGAACAAUUCUAUUACAUACUUUUUUAUUGGUCUCAAGGAGACAAACUGAACAUUUACUCUCCCAAAGCCCAUAAGCAUGAGGAUGUUGAAACUAUGGCUUUAGCCAUAAUCUACCAGCACAUGUAAAUGAACUUCAAUGACAGUACUGUGCACUUUUUUCUUUCUCGUUUUUCGUUUCACUCAAGCACAAAGCACAGAUCUUCUGGCAGAGGUUGAUUUCGAACAACAGGUCACCAGUAACUCACUGCUAACACACACGCUUACAUAGGCUUGCCUGCGCUCAGGUGUGUUUCAGGCAUGAACUAAUGGCAAUACUUUUGGAUGAAACCCUUUUCAGUGAUGUUUUGAUGGCUAUCAGUUGACUGUACAUAGAAACAUAUUCUACUAACAUUUCAAAUUCAAAGUAUUUUAGAUCUACCUAUACUGUCAGCAUAUCAAAUCAAAAACCAUAUAAAGUGUGAAAUGUUGUUUUGUUCUGUUUUUAACCAAAUAGAUGUAGAAAGCUUCUUCAAAUAGAAAAAAAAAAAAAAACUAUUUAGUCGUGUAAUCUUAAUGAAGUGGAAUCACUGCAGAUCGAAGGCUUGUUGACGACACAGGACAUCAAAACACAUCCCAGUAGUUCACAACAGGCUCGAUGAAAAAUGCUACGGUUGCAUUUAAAACCAACAAAGCACUUAUUUCUUUUCUUUCUUUUUUGUAGGAACAAGUUUGAGUGGGUUGAAGUUGUACACAGUGUCAGAGUUGGUUUUUCGCUUUAAAUAAUAGUGAGCAUCUGGACGAUAUUUUCAUGAUCUGACUGGAAAUCAAGGUCUUAUUCGAGUCGCCUUCUCCAGAGUCUCUUUUGAGAAUGUGCCUGCUCUUGUUAACAAAACAAUAAUAGUAUGUCUAUAUAUACCUGUCAGUAUUAGAUAUCCACAUGAUCAAAGUUUCAGUGUAGUCGUGUAUCAUAGAAUAGAUGGGUUUCAGUUUAGCUGCUUGUGUAUAUUACCAUGAAUGGUGUGGUGGUGUGCCUGUUUGUCGAUUAGUCUGUCGUUUGGAUUGGAAAAAUAAACCCGAAUGUAUGCUGGAGACUAUUUAGGUGAUCGUCCUGAGCAUAGGACAUCACAAACUAAUCAGACACAUGUCCUACGCUGUUUUAGAUUCGAGUUACUCUGAUAUACACGAUAGAUUUGAAGGUGGUCCUAAUUUGAAUAGCUUUCCACUUGUUAGUUUUUUUUUUCAUAUAUGUGCCUUAUGUUUGUCUAUAAAUCCAUAACAUGGUCAGGUACUAGAACACAUAAUGGCAAGAUAUCAGUCUUGAAUGUACAUACAU